AUGAGGGCGCCGCACGUGCAAAACACCGCCUUGCACGUGUGGUCUCAUGCACUUCCACCUGCCAGCUACAACUACUUCAUAAACGCGAAGCUGACCAGCUCCGCAGCUAAUUCCCGAUCCGUCACCGCCGAUCAGAGAAUGGAAUAUACCAGCGACGCCGUCAAGAUCCGCUCCGAAUUUUUGCAAACACUCCGCAGCCGCCGCUCGGCCGAAGUUCCUCUUUCUGUUGAAUAUGGGGAACCUGUUCGGGGUCCACUGUACCAAGAAACUCCUAGGCCAAACUUCAGCGAGGUGAUGGACUCUUGCCCGAAGAAAGAGAUUCCCAACUUUAAGGAACUGCUUCAAGAGGAGAACUUCUACCUGACAACUGAGGAGGGGGAGCAAGGACGUUUGCCUGUUCUUUUAUUGAAACUGAAAGCAAACAACGGUCAGAAGAGAAGGCCAGCUGUUGUUUUCUUACACAGUACACAUAAAUGCAAAGAGUGGUUGCGACCUCUGCUUGAGGCAUAUGCUUCUAGGGAUUAUAUUGCUAUAGCUAUAGAUUCACGUUACCAUGGAGAGCGAGCCAGAAGCCUAACGACUUACCGAGAAGCUCUGGUGUCAUCAUGGAAAAAAGGCGACACUAUGCCUUUCAUAUUUGAUACGGUGUGGGACUUAAUAAAAUUGGCAGAUCACCUGACCCAAAGGGAGGAUGUGGAUCCUUCUAGAAUAGGAAUCACCGGUGAAUCCCUUGGAGGCAUGCAUGCAUGGUUUGCUGCUGCUGCUGAUACUCGGUAUUCUGUGGUUGUCCCUAUAAUUGGUGUUCAGGGUUUUCGUUGGGCAAUUGAACAUGACAAAUGGCAAGCCCGAGUCGACAGCAUUAAGGCCGUCUUUGAAGAGGCAAGAAUCGAUCUGGGAAAGAGCACAAUUGAUAAAGAAAUAGUGGAGAAGGUGUGGGACAGGAUAGCUCCCGGUUUGGCCUCUCGUUUUGACUCUCCUUACACGCUCCCUGCAAUCGCACCACGCCCCCUGCUGAUUCUGAAUGGCAAAGAGGACCCUCGUUGCCCCCUUGGUGGACUGGAACUUCCGGAAUCAAGAACAAAACAGAAGUAUGAAGAAGCGGGUUUGAUCCAUAACUUUAAGCUGGUGGCCGAAGAGGAUGUCGGGCAUAGGAUGACAUCUUGUAUGGUGAGACAGGCAAGUGACUGGUUCGAUAAACACUUCAAUCCAUGA